UCUGGACAUGAGACGACGGGGAACCGAAAACAGGACGGCGUAACGAAUCGAGGGCGGUUAUUGUAGACGAGGACGAAGGAGAAACAGGGGCAGUCAAUGGGGGCAAGAUUGAACAAAAGAAGGAUAUGGCCCGCAUGGAAGAGCCUUCGCACCUCUUUUUGGUUUUGCCUCCUCUUCUUACGUCUUCUUCUCUCCUUGGCGCUGGCGCAUUGUCUCUAGUAUCCAGUGCUUUUUGCAGGACUUCAGUCUUUCUAAUUCGAUUCGAUAAUUCUCUCUUUCAUUGACUUGGCUGCCGUCGGUUGAUCCGCUUUGUCUAUUUCAGUAUACGCAACAAAGACACUCAUUCGAGGAAACAAAGACAACUCGCCCAAGAUGGACAUGUCGGACGCAAAGUACGCCAACAUCAAGUUCGAAGACCACGAUGACCGGAGCAGCACCGAGGUCGAGGAAUCCCUCCUCGGCACCGACGACAAGGCGUGCCGCCGCUGCAUGGCCAAGGACUACCACGACCAGCCGGCGAGGAGGAAGAACAGGUGCCUGGCGAUGCUCAACUCGUCGCGGUGGUUUGUCGAUACGAUAUUGCUGGUUGUGAUCCUGGGCCUGUUGGUGAGGGAGCAGAUGCAGAAGCCGCCGGUGAAUACGUGGGACUUUGGUGGGGAUUUGACUGGUGUUAGCGGUCAUUUCUCGCAACAGAUCAAGACGUUCACGCCGGAUUACGAGGGCAAGUACGCGCCCAACGAUACGUCAAAGUUCUUCACCGACGAGACGUUGAACAACUGGAACGAGUUGAUGCCUUACGGCAUGGGCUUCCAGUGGGUGAAUGACACGCACAAGUACCACGACCUGCCCACCCCUAUCGUCUGGCCCGAGAAGACCGUUUUCACCACCUCCAUCACCCACCAGCUGCACUGCUUGUUCGCUGUCGUCCAGACCUACUCCGGUAUCAAGUCCGGCCACGAGAUCCCCGACGACCACCACUGGCACAUGAUUCACUGCUUCUCCUACCUCAGACAGACCAUCAUGUGCAGCGCCGAUAUGGCCCUCGAGGGUCUGGAGACGACCUUCCCGGAUCACAACGGUGGCUCUGACGGAUGGGACUCGAAGCAUGUGUGCAAGGAUUAUAACCAGGUCAAGAACUACUUGGAGAGCGUCAGGGCGUACGACGACAGAGAGAUCUUUUAA